AUUAAUUCUCACAAAGGUGAAAGCAAUAUUGUGAAGAUGAAUCACAAAGUGGUUUUGUUUCGGGAAGAUACACGUUUGGAAGACAACUUGAUAAACUUGUUAAAGGACCUUUAUGAUUUUCAAGAACCUUGUAGAGACAAUACACCUUGGUUAUAUUUUGUGGAACGGCUAGAACGCUUUUUGGAAAUAUGUCGCACUCCUAAGGAAAAGUGGUAUUUGGAGUCUCUAAUAAUUAUUUUCCAAUUGCAUCAUUUUGUUAAUUAUCAACAUAUUUCCUAUAGUGUGUUGGAGUUUUCUCGCUGGCUUUCUUGUGUCGAUAAAGCGACCACGUUGUCUCACGAUUGCACCGACAAUAACUUUUGUGCUAUUUGUAAAAAGUAUUUAUUGCAAGUAACGACGGCGUUGUUUAUUCGCAUUUCCUUUUAUGGAGGACACAGUUUGAUGUUGGAAAGUAUUGAUAGGAAUCCUGUCAUAUCCUUGUAUAGUGAUGAGUUUUACAGCUAUACAUUGUCUUCAUUUUUAGGCACUGAGCCUCUUCUUGCACUGUCUAUAUGGUGUGAUUACAGUUCUUUCAGUCAACAUGAAAAGGAAACAAGUUGGGAUACUUUUCUACAAAGUGUAUGUCAAACAAAAGAGAGUCGGGUUGAAAAUCAUGAAAAGACUUAUGGAGUUGAGUGUUGGAAGGCAGUUUGGAUAAGACCGACUUUGAAAUGGUGGUCGACUUGGAAAAAUUUUGAAAGCAACCGAUCCAAAAACAGGAGUUUGUUAUUGGAUAUGUUGUAUCAAUUGGUUGUAUACAGUUGCAUUUAUGUUGCCUCGAAAUGAUACUCGUCUUAACGAUCAUUCCAUUGACCACAAAAUAUGGCUUUGGAUUAAAGAGUUUUGUUGGAAU